AUGACUACCGCAGGUCUCGGAGUGCCCGUCAAGCUACUACAUGAAUCCCUUGGGCACAUUAUCACUGUUGAACUCAAGACGGGCCAGCUAUAUCGCGGCAAGCUCGCUGAAGCCGAGGACAACUUGAACAUCUCUUUGAAGGACAUCACGGUUACCGGGCGAGAUGGUCGUGUGUCGCAGCUUGACCAGGUGUACAUUAGGGGAAGUAUGAUCCGCUUCUUCAUUGUCCCAGACAUGUUGCAGAACGCGCCGAUGUUCAAGCGUGUUGGCCCGAAUGCGAUGAGGGGAAGAGGUAUCGGUACGGCACGUGGGAGGGCAACCAUCAUGCGAGGUACGUCUCGUCGUGGUCGUGGCGUACCAGCUGCACGCGGCAUCAGGCGAUGA